AUGGAGCGCAGCAGCCCGACGCCACCUUCUCAGCUUGGGCUGUGCAACGCCUCUCACACUAUCAAGAAACCUCCUCUUCCUCCAAAGUUUCCGCCGCCGCGACACCCGGUCAUCAUCCACGAUAGCGCGCCCAAAAUCAUCCGCGUCCGUCCUGAGAACUUCAAGGCCGUCGUGCAGCGUCUCACCGGAGCCCCAACCAGAGCCAACUAUACCCCGCUCUCGCCUCCGUCCCAAACGACCACGAUACAGAAGAAGUCGGGCCCGGGCCCGACCAUUGACGCCAGGUCCGGGCCACGAAACAAGCCGGCGGGCAUAACGUGGAUCUUGCCUCCGGUGUUUCCUGCUUCGCUGCCGCCGAUUCCGCAGGCCUACUUCGUUCCUACCUUUCCCGGCUUAUUGUACAGACGGUACCCGGUCGAGCCGGUCUAUCGGGCUGGUGGAAACUUCUUGGUCAGGCCGGGUAACAACCCAUCGUUGCCGGUGGUGCCCUUUUCCGGCGGCGGCAACUUGUUGGUUAGGCCACUUGGCCCAGUUGUUUAUUCCAGGGCGGCUGACCGGGAUCUCUUGGAGAAGUAG